CUGGAAGCAAUCUGUCCUCCUGAGUGAAACCAAAGCAGUCGCAGGAACGCAGAUGAAUAUUUGAGCUGAAAUUAUUCACAAUAUAAUUCAACAGGACGAACCAAACCAGCCGAUAUUUCAGGUCUAGACAGGCAUAAAGAAGAGACAGUCCGAACUGAUCUUAGGCUUUAUCUGGUAGACUUGAAUGGACACAUUGCCCAAAGGUACACAGUAAGACCAAAUCAACCCAUCCGAAGUUCCAUUAUGCCUGUGAAAAAGAAGAGAAAGUCAUCCGGUUCAGAAGACCCCAGUAUCAGAAAGUGCAAAAUCACCAGUUACUGUAGGACACAAACUCCAGGUCGACUGCUAAACCCAGAGGAUCUGUUCUCUAGCAAGAAAUGUCUUGCCUGGUUUUACGAAUACGCAGGGUCAGAUGAUGUCGUCGGACCAGAGAGCAUGGAGAAGUUUUGUGAGGACAUCGGCGUGGAGCCAGAAAAUAUUGUAAUGUUAGUGUUAGCCUGGAAACUUGAUGCAACAAAUAUGGGAUUUUUCACUAAAGAAGAAUGGCUAAAAGGAAUGACCUCACUACAAUGUGACUGCACAGAGAGGUUACAAGGCAAACUGGAUUAUUUACGCUCUCAACUGAAUGACCCGGUUAUAUUUAAGAGCAUUUACAGAUAUGCCUUUGACUUUGCCAGGGAUAAAGAUCAGCGCAGUCUUGAUAUGGACACAGCAAAAUCCAUGUUGGCACUGCUGCUUGGAAGGACGUGGCCCCUGUUCCCUGUCUUCAAUCAGUUUCUGGAGCAAUCAAAGUACAAAGUAAUGAACAAGGAUCAGUGGUACAACGUCUUAGAAUUUAGCCGCACCGUUAACACAGACCUCAGCAAUUACGAUGAAGAUGGAGCCUGGCCAGUGAUGCUGGACGAGUUUGUGGAAUGGCAUAAGGUCAGAAUUGCAUUAUAGCACAACCAGACGAUGAAUUAAAGAUCCGCGGACGAGUUUGAAGCACAUCAGAGUUGUUUUUCGGAGUGCCCCAAACAGCCCCAGAAGAUGGCAUACCCCUCAUGGACUGCUUCAACGUGUCCAAAUACAAAUCAUCACUACCCACAGACUCUUACCGUGUUGCUUUAAAAGGAAAAAGGCACAGAAAAAAAUCACAAACCAAACAAAAGGCGAAAUAUUUUUCAAAUGUAUUGAAUUUGUUGUUAUUUUGGCAGUGUUGUAGGAUUUUUUUGAGAGCGAGAUGGGCUGUUUGUAAUUUACAGUCGCUUUCAUUUUUUUUUUCCUUCAAAGUUUUACUUUGUUUAUAUUGUUUUGAAAAGGAAAUAAAUAACAGUUGUAUGUAAAUUGA